AUGUUGUUUUUAACUCAUCAUUUGAAUUCUCGUGCGCCAACAAAUUUCUCAAAAAUUGGCCGGUCUUUUCCAAUUUUCCGUCGGAACUCUAGAGGUGGUUCAAUCGGAGAACUCUCAUUUUCAACUACCACGUCAUCUAAAGCUGAACCAAUACAAUAUACUUCUUUGCACCCUAAUUUCCGUAUCGUUUCACCCAAUCAUGUAACACCACCACCUCCACCUACUAGUAUUAAUUCUUCUACUACACAAUCUCUUCCUCAAGUAUCCAUAAAACCAAUUAUACAAUCUAGAGCUUAUUCUCCACAACAUUUUUACCAGAAUCGAAUUCUUGAUCAAUACGCGUCUCAACCCAUAAACCCCAUUACUCUUAGACAACUCAUAGUGUUUGGUCGUAAUUUGACUGAAGAAAGAAUUAUUAAAAGUGGAAAUUAUGUUAGAAGUGAACUUCCUAUACGAAUAGCUCACAGGAUAAGAGAUUUUCAAAAUUUACCUUUCAUCGUGGGAACUAAUCCUCAUCUUUCUAUGGUAUAUGAUCUAUAUUGGUCCGCAUUUGAAAAAUUAAGAAAAUUUCCUCCUGUAAGAACUAUGGAAGGAAAUAAUGAAUGGUGUGAAACUAUAAAAGGUUUAUUAAAAGAUCAUUUAGUGGUAAUUCCUAAAUUAGCUAUGGGUAUAAUGGAAUGUUCGGAACAUUUACCUGGAGAACAAAUUGAUCGAUUCAUGAAUACAAUGUUGAGAUCUCGUAUUUCAAGAAGAGUUUUGGCUGAACAACAAGUCGCUUUAACUGAAAAUUGGCAUGAUCCUGGCUAUUCUUAUAACCAAAGUGAAAAUGAUGGAUGGAUUGGUGUUAUAUCAACUCAGUGUAAUGCUAAAGAAAUUGUGGAAAAAUGUGCUAAAAUGACAAGAACCUUUUUUAAAGAAUAUUAUGAUGUUGAACCACCACAAGUUCUUACCGAUGGUCAAGUGGAUACUACAUUUGCUUACAUACCAGAUCAUAUAGAAUAUAUUAUUUAUGAAUUGUUAAAGAAUUCUAUAAAAGGUGUAAUCGAGAAACAUGCUCCUUCAAUAAUAUCAACCUCUCAAUCUCCAUCAAAACAAAUGCUUAAAUCUUCUCAACUUUUUCCACCUAUCACUGUGACAAUAUGUUCCGGUCCAACAGAUAUAUAUUUUCGUGUAUCAGAUCAAGGUGGUGGUAUACCUGAUAAAUUAUAUCCUUAUAUUUGGUCAUUUGCGAGUAAAAGUAAUGAUAAAAAAACUUUACAUAAAUUCACAAACUUUUCAAAAGUACCACAUAUGGCUGCUAGAGUAGAAGAAUAUGAACAACAAAUUGUACCCCCCGAUUUAAGCCUUGGCAUUGGUCUACCAAUGAGUAAAGUAUAUGCUGAGUACUGGGGUGGUAGUUUAAGUAUUUUUAGUUUGGAUGGUUAUGGUGUUGAUGCAUAUGUUAGAAUUACUAAAUUAGGAAAUAAAAUAGAAAAUUUAGUUUAA